AUGGGGAAACUACAUAAUAGACGUCGAACCAGAUUGAGGGCGAACAAGAAGGCUCACCAUCAGGCCAUUGCUAUGCCACCGCUUUCCGCUGCACUCAUGCCCGUGCAGGCUACGCUUAACGACGACAUGAAUAUCAACCACCAGCAAUGUUUCACUCAUCAACCCAACCACAUCAACUCACUCAACUAUGCAAACAAGCAACACGAGGCUCGCCAAACUCAGUAUUAUGGCGUCGGCGAAGGCGAUGAGUCUGGAGAUCUCUGUCCUCUUAUGCUUCAAGUCGUCUUGGAUCUGUUUGAUGGAGUUGACUACGAAGACCCCUGA